AUGGCCGACGGCGAUCAAGGCGUUGAGGCGGCAAUGGGAGUCAGCAAUCGAGGCGUUGAGGUGGACACGGGCGGCGGCGAUCGUGUCGUUGAGACGGCGACAGCAUUCAACGAUCGAGGAAAGGCUUCAAUUCCACCAGAGUGGCGAAACGGUGAUUGGAUCGAUGAUAUGCUGAGUUCAGAUCGAGUGAUAAGUUAUGUCGUUGAUGAUUCCGGCUUGAUGAAUGCGGAAUGUAGUGGUAGAAAAUCCAUCGAACAAUCUUACUGUGCCAGCAAAUCAACGCAAGGUCACAGUUCUGUUGUAGAUCAGCUGGAAUCAGAAUGUGGAGAAGAUAAUAGCGGCAAUGAAUUGGGAGUUGAUAAUAUGAUGGUGGAGGAGGAUACCUUGCACAAGGAAAUUUCAUAUGUGAUGAAGAAUAAUGAUUUGGCUGUUUUUACUUUAGUUGGCAAGACUACAAGAAGUGAGAAAAAAGCUUAUGAUUUGUAUAAUGAUCAUGCCCGGUUGAUUGGUUUUAGUGUGAGAGUGGGAAAACAGAAGUUUAGAGGUAAGACUGAUAAAGUUAGGAUGAAGAAAUUCUGUUAUAACCGCGAAGGAUACAAGAAAUCCGGUGGAAAUGGUGAUGUGUGCCAUGAGAGGAUUAAUUUUCGGUGUGGGUGUCCAGCUUUUAUCCAUUUUACUGUUGACAAAGAUGACUUGUGGACCUGUACAAAGUAUCUGGUUGAUCACAAUCAUGAUCUUGUGCCGAAUGAAAUGAUUGGACUUCUUCGAUCUCAACGUGAAGUAGAUGAAAAUGAUAUGAAGAUAAUCAAAGACAUGACAAGGAGUGGCAUCCCUUUGGUUGAUGCAUAUAAGUUUGUGACAAAAUUACAUGGGGGAAGUCCGAACAUGAAGUAUACUUUGAGAGAUGCCUACAAUUAUGAGCGUCCUGGUGUUGGAUUUGAAGCUGUGAGGGGUGAAGAUCUACGCUGUAGCCAGGGAAACAUCGAUUCAUAUCUUCCUGGUGACCCUUACCUGGAGAGCAUUCGCAGAGUGUACACAGUUGAAGCAUUUCGGGAGGUUCAGCAGUUGCACAAAGAUGGGAUGUUGUGCAGGUUACAGGGAUUGUCAUGCACGUGCAGGUACUACUCUGAGGCGGGCAUGCUUUGUUGCCACAUUCUUCGAAUCUGUCAUGUAACCUCUGUUGAUGAGUUUCCUAAAGAUUAUAUAUGUAUGAGACGGACAAAAGGUUAUGGUGCCAUGUCAAGCAUAGCUAUUGAGGGAGAUGGAAAAGCUGAUGGGCCAUUGCUGUGGAAGGCACUAAUUAUGAGACGAUUUUCAGACUUGGUGUAUGCAAGUGAAUAUAACAAAGAUGCAAAAAAAUGUUGUGACGAGGCGGUUGACAGGCUUAAAGAAGAACUCGGUAGUUUUAUUGGUUCAAAUAAUAAUGAUGAGUCUAUAGACAAUGAUGACCUGCAUUAUCAAAGCAUGCCAUUUCCUUAUCCAAAGGGAGCUGCUCAAGAUUAUUCAGGCUCAGGAAGUUUUGGUGCUGUGAAUGCUUCCCAUCAAAGCAUGCCAUCUUUGAACGUAAAUUCUGGUGGAUUCUCAUUUGCUAAUCCAAGUGUAGCUGCCAAGGAUUUUUCAUGGGCAGGGGCUUCCACUUCUGUGAAUGCUUUUAUCAAAGCAUGCCAUUCUCAUUUCCAAUUCCCAAGGGGGCUGGCCAGGAGUUUCAAAGCGCAAGCACUUCCGCUGCUGUGA